AUGGGUACGCAGGACAUCAAGAUGCUGCACGACAGUGGUGCCAUUACUCCUCCAGGCACACCUCACAUUAAGGCGCACUCAAAGAGUAACUCCACUUCAUCUGAUUUUCUGAGUUCAUUAUCGGACUUACGUCGCGGAAGUUCUGUGUCGUCGAGGGGCCGUCCUCGACUUGAUUCCCUCGAGAGCACGCCACAGCCCGGUAGCACAGAACUCAUAACCUUUCCGCACAACGUUCGGGACUACGAGAUUUGCAAAGAUGACCGAGGACGAAAGAAGAAGAUUGGCGAGGGCGCAUGGAGUGAUGUGUAUCUUGCAACCCCUUGUCUCCCUAAGCCGACCAGCCAAACCUCAUCCAAAACUCACUGCAGUCCUGACAUGACACCACCCCUGACCCCCGUGCGUGGUGCAGACUCGAGCGCAAGUCUUACGAAGCUACCCCCUACACCCAUUCUCUACGCCGUCAAAGUCCCCGCCAUGACGAGCGCGAAAAAGGUCCUCAGCGCCGAAGCCCGCAUCCUCUCCUAUCUAACCCACUUCCCGGACGCUGAGCACCACAUCGUCUCCUUCUAUGGCCUCGACACACGUAGCGGCUCACUCCUCCUCCGGGCAAUGGACGAUACCCUAGAAGGCUGGCUCCAAAAACACCUCAACACGCUCGACGAACCGGCCCGCGCCGAAAAACUAACCACCAUCUUCCCACGAAUCGCCAUCGCCCUAAUCGACAGCCUCAUCUGGAUGCAAGACAAACACUGUACCCACGGCGACAUCAAACCCUCCAACAUCCUCGUCUCCACCGCCCCUUCUUCCUCUACCCCUAAACCCCUUUACUCGGAUUUCUCAUCUACAACCCUCACCCUGCCCAACGCCACAAUCGACACCAGCACCUCGCCCCUCGGCGCAGGAACUUGGGACUACCUCGAUCCCUCGCUCCUCACCUCAACCUGCACAUCUCCGCCCUCGCACGCUACCGACCUCUGGUCCCUAGCCAUCACCCUGCUCUUCGUUGUCCUAGGCGCCUCGCCGUAUGAUGCGUUCCGCCAUAACAAGUAUCAGCAGCGCGAGAUGAUUAAGAGUGGCUGGCCCCUCCAGUGUUUGGGAUAUGAUGAGCAAGGUAUGCGGAAUAUGCAGCGGAUUAAGACACUAGAGAGCGGGUUGGGCCUGGAUGUUAUGGCGUGGUUUGGCUUGGUUUUGGUCAAGGAGCAGGAGAAGAGGGUUGGGGUUUUGGAGUGGAGGAGGGGGUUGACUGGGUAG